UAAUGCAUGUGGACGACGAAAUGCUCGCUUCUCAGCUUGGGCAUCCACUGCCAGGUAUGGCACCACCAUCACACCAUCAGAUUCACGGUCUAAGCGACAAGCAGCGCACCGAAAUGCUUGACAUUCCAACGAAGAAAGCGAAAGGUCUCGAUGAAACCUCUGCUUAUCAGAUCGAAUACCAGCGCUACCAAUCGCUUAUGUACGCGCACUGCGCGCAGCAGCAGCGCGUUGGCUCAAUGUCUGCGUUCAGGCCAUGGGCACCGAAACCCUUCCUGCACCCGGCUGCUACAUAUAACGCGGUGGCGGCGUUCUCCACAUUACCUUAUCUAAGUCAAGAACCACCAGUGUUGCAGAAUCCGGAAAGAGUAGUGCGCAGCACAGACCGUGAACGCUUCGAACGCACCUACCAACCAAAUGUGGCGCUUGUGCCUCGUAAAUGUAUUUUGGCGAAGGAAAGGGAGAAGGAGCAGCGUGAGUACAAAGAACGGGAAAGAGAUCGUGAACGUAUCGAGCGGGAGAGAGAAGUGGUGGAACGAAUGCGGGAGCGCGAACAGGAGCGUAAGUUGGAACGUUCUAGAGAGCGGGAACAGACGCGGGAACGGGAACAGCGUGAGCUAGAGCGAGAGCGAAGAGAGCGUGAAGUGCAACAUAGACAGCAACAUUUGUUGCAGCAACAAAAUCUGCAUCAGGAACAACAAACGCUACAAGAGCAGGUGACGCUUUCGAAUUUGUGCGCAACUGAGGUUCAAAUAAAACAAGAACGUGCCAAUACACCAAACGAGACUCCCCAGUCCCCACCCCUUGACAAUGCCAAUGGUGGCGACGAGGAGACUACAGAUCGACGCGGUAACGUACCCCUUGACGAGGACACCACAUUGCCCAUGAUAUCGUCCAUGUCGUUGAAAAUGAGUCAGCAGCAACGAAAAAUGCCAAGCAAUAAUAACACGGACAUCAAUCACAGCAACAGCAACAGUAACAGUAGUAGCAGUCAUAGUGAUUUAGAUACUACGCAGCAACAGCAGCAGCUGCAGCAACAACAACAACUGCAGGAGCAGCAGCAGUCACAACCGCGGCGACACUCGCUUUAUACCUCAAACUCUUCCGCCUGUUCAACAUCAUCGACGAAAUCAACAACGCCGCCACAGCAACAGCUACUGUCCGCGCACCUGCCCCCGCCACAACAGUACCAACAACAACAACAGCAGCAACAGGAGCAGCAAAGGCAUAUGCAGUAUUUACCGCUGCAACAACAGCAGGCCUGCCUUCGUCAAUCGCCCCGCACGUUUCCAUCAUCGCCUACAGAUACGCACAGCUCCGAAGAAUUUUCGGGCUCGAACGAAAUCACAUCUUCCACGUCCCCCGCCCCGUGUAAUGAGAACAAAUGCAUAAGCCGCGAUCACGCGCCACAUCACACCCAUACUCAGCAAUCAAAACGAGAGCAAAAAGCGCAAGCCCUCAUUGCAACAGUUAAUCAGCAUGCCAAACUUCUCCCGACGCCGAUAUCAGCAACCUUUACUGCCAGCAAUAAUAGCAACAGCAACAACAACAACGAAUUACAAAGCCGAAUUCGCAUAAGUAAAAACUUAAUCAAUCGGGCGAAUAUAAUUAGAUCGCCUACACCUCCACCACCACUACCUCCAAUAUCCGCAUUAGCCCAACUCCAUCCGCAGCAAGAGCAGCACCGCCCACAACAACGACAACAGCAACAACCCCAGCUGCAAAUAUUGCAACAUCACCAACAACAGUAUGAAUACUACAAGCAAAACCAUCGACUUUUUGAUCAGAAACGACAGCACCAACAAAUGUCAUCAAUACAACACCAACACCUCAUUAUGCGUUCCCAUCAUCAUUCACAGCAAACGCAACAUUCGCCUUCACCCUCACAGUCUUCCACUUCAACCGGGCUGAACCUGAGCACCCACUCCACAAAAGCGACAAUGCAGUCGCCGGCAUCAGAUGUACAAAUUCAGAAACAAUCUCAACAGCAACGUUCACACAACAGUCUUCCGUACGUCGGCUCCGAAUUUGAAUUGUCAACAGACACAGACGAUGACAGUGUGAGUGGGGAAGCGGAUAGCAGCAAUAUUUUGGCGCCUUGGGACUUAGCUGUUGAAGCGUUGCGUGAAACCAGACCCAAGGAACGAGAACGCGUUCUCGGUUUGCUCCGGAAAUUGUUGCAUGAAAAUCAACAAAUGCGUUACAGCAAUCUUCAACUCAGCGAAAUGGUACACAGGCGCGAUACUAUGAUCAGAGAACUCCGAGAGCAGCUACAAACUUGCCGACAUCACAUGCAAAUGCUCAGUUUGCAGCAAGAGAUUCCAGUGCAGACGAAUGGAUUGCACCACAGCGAGAGUUUUCAAGACGAAGAUAUGCAAAAAUCGCUUUCGCCGGCGGAAUGUCGCUAUUUAGAUAACCAUACCGAAACCAAAGAUCCUGCCACCAAUGAAAAUUGUGCUAAUGUAAGGAAUGUUCUGAGUCCGGCGGAGGCCAGUGGGAAAAAGAACCUAAGUCAAUCCGAAAAUGACAUGCUAAGUGAGAGUGAGGAUGAAAGGGAAAUUAUCUGCAUUCGUAAAGGAAGCGAUGAUGAUAACGACAACGGAAGUGAUGCAGAAAGUGAGAAUGAUGCUGCUGACGACAUCCGAAAUGAUGUCGACAUGCGGGAGAAUACGGAUAUUGCCAGGAAUAAUAGAAAUGACUUAAAGGACGCUGACAUAAGCACACAACCGCAGGUGAAACGUUUAAGGAUCGAAAGUGGCAGCGAAAGUAUUUGCAGUUUAAGCCGAAAAGUUAAAGCUAUGGCUCGAAGAGACGAUUACCCAUCGCACCAAACUCAGCAUAACAGUUCUAUUGACUCCGAAGAUGAAACACCGAAGCCCAAUGCUCAGAGGGGUGCAAUAAUGAAUAUAACCGACGAGAGCUCGAAUGCCAAAAAUAAAGAAUACACACAAAUAAACAACAACAAUGGCAUUGAAGAUGAAGACGAAGAAGAGGCUACCCGCUUUACAGUCAUAAACGGCAGCGGCACUGAUACGAACACAUCCGAUGAUAGCGGAGACGAAAACAGCCUUCACCCUAUGCGCUCGCUUGCGGGCGAAACUGAUGCACAGGCACCUCACAGCAGUGCGUUAGCUACGCCACCAACCGCAACCACGCCACUGUCGCCUCAUUCUGCUGCAACUGCUGGACAGUUGUUCGACAGCAGCAAUAGUAGUGACGAAUCGUCCAUGAAGAAGGCGCAAAUGUCAGCAUCCGACGCGCUUGCCAAAAUAACUGAAUCUGUUGACGAUGGUAACGAGGCAUUAAGACUAAAAGAAAAUGCGAAAUCUGACAAAGUCGAAGACGACCAAGAUAGUGUCGGUGCGGAGGCAGAAACAAGUGAUGACACUGGAAAUAUGAAAGCAAGUAAAUUUGUCAUCAAUAAAGAGGAAUACUGUACGCGUGACGCACGAUACGCUGCCAACUCACGUGAAGCACACAAAACACAAGGUUGCGACGAUCAAAAUUUCGACGACAACAUCAAAACCAGCACCACUGACAUUGGUGUCGAACAGAUGCCGCGCAUACCACUGGCAACGAAAGCCAGCAAAAAACAAACGCCAACAACGAACGUCGAGUUGCGGAUCAAAAAGGAAAUAAUUUAACCAUUUCAAAGCACUAAAGGCCGAACUCGCGGUAUUGGCGGUUCCCAUCACAGGACUCAUUGAGCCAUGCACACAAGACGAAAGACCCUUCCAUGCAUACAUACAUACAUAUACUCACAUGUACAUGCAAUAUAUGGAUGCAUAUGUAUGUAACUUAACUGUUCCCUACGAGGCCGUUUACUACCCCAAGCACACAGUUUCUCAAGUGCAUCGCAAUCGCUCCAAAUCUAUUAAACUCCUAUGCUUAUGCCGUAUGUAAGCUGCACUCUACGAAAGCUGGCAUAAUGUUUUUAAAGCUUACAGCAAGAACAACACAAAUUAGGAAGUAAUUUAAAAAAAAUUUUAUUGACUUAAUGUAGGUUGCAAGAUUAAAUAGAAGGCACCACAAGAAUUAUGAAUGCUAACAUUUUCACAAUACGAAGAGAACAUACAUAUAUACGGAUGGAGUCAUAAUUUAUUCUCCCUUUUGAUAUGCCACUGAAAUUUGCAAAACUAACGGUACAUUAUUAUUAAUAUUACUAUGUAUCAAGCAUAAAGUACACAUGCAUAUAUACUAUGUAUGUAUGUAUGUAUGCUUUGAAGAAUAAAACACAAUAUUUAAAGAAAACCAGGGCAUAACAGUUACGCGUCUCAUAACAAACACUUUGCUCUAUAAUAGCUAUUAGAUAAGAAAUGCUUUUUACUUCGCCAAUAGGAGUUACAUCCCAACAUUUAACAUAUUUUUUAAAUUGCUGAUUGCUGAUAUCUAACGACUGGUGCGCUUUGCUAAACUCGCCUAAAACGCUUAAGCGUCCUCAAAAGUGAUAGUAUCACCUUCAAAGUACAUGAAACAUUAUUUUCGGUAUAGCCAGCAGAGUCGUCUUCGAUUGUUCGAUUACUUCUUUCGGCUGUUGAAACGUUAAACUACGUUCCCGAUAAUCGUUUUUCGACUCGAUCAAACAGAAAAAAACGCAGAGAACCAUAUCAGGUGAAUUCUCUAACUUUUGUAUGCUAUAAUUCUUCGUUCUUGAUAAAAAAUGCACGGAUAAUGAUGGCACUGUGGUUUUCCCACAAAUAAUUUCUUUUUUGCGAAUUGUCUUACGUACACGUCUCUAACGCCCAUAUUAACUGGCAGAAAUUCGUGGUGUACAAUGCCGUUGUAAUCCAUAAAAAUCAUAAGCAUCGCUUUCCUUUUUGACAGAAAACGACGUGGGUUUUUUGAUCUUGGUUCAUUCGGAGCUCUCCACUUAGUCGCCUGAUAUGUGAAUUGCGUACUCAUAACUCUCGAUUAAUCUCCAGUAUUAAUGCGUUUGAUGAUUCGGAAAUCAUGUCUUUGGCGAUAUGAACGCAUGAAAUUCAAGUAUUUUGGGGCCAACUUUGCAGCAACAUGGUGCAAACCCAAAUCAUUAGCUACAAUGUCCUGGACGCAUCCAUAAACAAUGUUCAAGUCCUCUGUCAGCUCUCUGAUGGUCUGAUGUUAAAUGAGUUGAACCAUUAAGUAAGAGUAUCAUGGAGUCACAGCCUCAGUACUAGCACCCGGUCGUACUGCGUCUGGCACUCGUUCCUCGAGGUUGUCCCAUUUAUUUCGAUUUCUGAUUGUUGAAAACCGAACGAAGGGUGCAAAAAAUGCCUUCGCAUGAUAGAUAGAUUUGUAUGUAGGUAUGUAUUAAUGUAGAGAUGUGGAUACAGAUUGGCAAUGUACAAAGUAUUUCCCAUCAAAUAAUUGUUACGAAACAACUUUUUCGUUAAACUUCGGAAUUCGGGCAACGUUUGCAAUUUAUAAAUGCGAGAUAACUGUUAUUUUUGGUCCCUGAAGAAAACAGUACAAUUGUGCAUGCGAGUAAAUUUCGUUUCAAACAGCGAAAAUUAUGAAUUGUGUACGAAGACACAUAAUAUGUUUGUAUAUAUUUAUAUGGUAGUUGUUUAUGUAUAUAUAUAUUGGUUAAAUAUUGAAUUGAAAUUGUUCAAAAGUUGUAGUCAGUGAUGAGGUAGAGCUACAUCCGGUUUGCGAAAUUCUUUGCUUCGGUUAAUGCAAAUUAAAACAGCCACACCAACCGACUUAGGUGGCCACCAUUAAUGUCAAAUCAUGUAUGUAUGAAUAUGCAUAUAUAAUAUACAUAUAUGUAUAUGUAUAUAUUUUCUUUUUCUUUUGAUAAGUUAAGGAGUGUUAGAAAAUGUUAUAUAAAAUAAAAUUCAAUCAAUUAAAUUCUAAGUGAAAUACUAAAAAAAGAGACUUAAAAAUGUGACAAAGAUCGAACGCCAACAAAUAAAAUGAUUAAAUGAGUGGGAGACAUUUAAUGUACAUACGGACAUAAGUGUAAUUCAAAAAUUCAGUUUCGUUUCCUUUUUUAUGUUUUUUUGGUUUGGCUUUAGUUUUUUUACCCGCUUGGUUCUUAUUCCUGUUGAAUUGUUCAAAAAGUUUUCAAUUUGACAAAAUCAGUCUAUGCAUGCCGGAGCUAUAACAAACCGAAUUAUUGCUUGAUCUAUCCAGGAUGCUUGGGUAGGUGACAAAUACUACAAUUACGCACAUAUGACUAUUUUCACGGUGCAUAUUUUUGUAUGUGUUCUAUGAUUUUCCUUCGCCUUUACCACCUUUCAUCUUCAGAGUCUUUCUAAAGAUUUUUUUUUUGUUUUUUCUUAAAAACGUGAGGAAAAUUUUGGAAAAAUUCUUUGUGAUCUACCAUUUAUCUGGACUUUCUAAACUAACUCUGCUCAAUUACAACAACAUGAACACAAAAGAAAAGAAUAUUUAUUCACUGAAACCAAAGCUUUAAAAGGAAUUAAAAAUAUUAUAUAAUUUAAGAUAUGCGUGAUGAAUAAAUAUUUGUAGGUGGCACUUUUGUUCAUUUAGUUUUUAUUUGUAUGUUACGCCAUUAGGUUUUAGCUGAUAACUCUAUAAUUAGAAUUUGUAACUUAUAAAAAAGGAAGUAAAUUUAAAAAUUUGUACAAGCAAGAAUGUAUAGGAAGCAGGAUAUACUUGCAAGUGCAUACGCAUAUGAACUUACACACAUAGGUACAUGCGUACACAUUCAUGCAACGAAGCGUAUAUGCGUUUAUAGGGUUUUCCGAUAGCGGCGGUUCGAAAUGGAGUGAAAUACAUUCAUGCGCCAUCAUUCAUGCAGCGGAGCGUAUAUGCGUUUAUAGGGUUUUCCGAUAGGGGCGGUUCGAAAUGGAGUGAAAUACAUUCAUGCGCCAUCAUUCAUGCAGCGGAGCGUAUAUGCGUUUAUAGGGUUUUCCGAUAGGGGCGGUUCGAAAUGGAGUGAAACAAACUGCACGUGACGUAUUAAUAAAAUAUUUGUUUGAGGUAAAAGAAAUCCAUUAUUAUUGCGUAAAAUUUCGAUGGUUUCUGUGAUUUUAUCGACGCUUUCUUUAACAUCAAAACUGCCUCAACGCAAAUUGUAAUUAGCUGUUACAGUAUCGGCCCCAUAAACACCAUUCACAAUUUUAGCGGCUUGCAAUUUCGCCUUUGUGCAAGAAAAACUGUAAAAUGUAAGAAAUUUCCUGUUUGCUGACUUCGAUUUUUAAAAUCCUGUAGCUCACAACUGAAUGAAACAAAAUAAUUUUUUAAGUGUAUAAAAACCGAGCAUAAACUUCAAGUUGUUUGAUCCAUACUUUACGAGAUGCCGCUCAUGGCCGGCACAGAUGCCGAAAUAUGGCCGGCACACCAGUUAAGAUCGAGCCGUCCCUAUGUUCCCAUUUUAAAAUAAAGAGAGUGAAGGUUGAUAUGGAUUGGGUGUAUUGGUAAACUCCUGCCCCCAAGACUUUAGCGGGGUUAACAGCACAGCUAAACGUACAUACGACAAAUAGUUAAAGCUCUUGUACAUCUCUGUGGUUUUGAGUUUUGAAAGAAUAAAUCGCAUAUUACGAGUAUAGGGCGAAACGACUUUGCGGUGUGAAAAUUAUACAAAAGCUUUGAAAACAAUUAGAUUUUAAUGAUUUUGCACGUUUGAUUCUUAAAAUUGUUAGAUAUUUAAAAGUAAAUUUAAGUACAAUAGAAUUUUUACAAACGCAUACAUGUACGUGUAUGCACAUAUGUACAUAUAUUUGUUUUUAUUACAGAAACAAAAACAAGCCAGAUAAACCCACCAGUUAAAUUAUAAACGAGUUCUUUUUGAAGGAUGCAAAUAAUAAAAUGCAAGUAUAUUUUUUUAUUCAUUGAAAGGUAAAGAAACAUACACACGCACGUACGUACAGGCGUGCGGGUAUAAGAAUUAUUAUGAACUCAUAAUUUGUAGGAGCGUCCAACUUACUUAUAUUUACAUACAUAUACACACGUAUUAAUAGGCAUGUACUGCACACAUACAAACACACUAUUUGGUUUGAUGUUCAAUUACGUUUAAUUUAAAUUUAAUGUAAAAAUUGCUCAUAGUUUUUUAGAAUUGAUUUUAAUAUUUAUUUUAGCAUUAAAACGCUGAUAUGCCUAAAUUCUAUUGAAAUGUAAAUAUUUGUUGUGUUUUUUUACAUCUAAUCUGAAAUUUCUUCCUUUUGUGUGUCUUCAUCACGAUUGCCACUCUGUCGUUGAUUUUUAUAUUUCUAAUAUACCUACUUUGUUGCCUCUUGAUAUUUUGACCAAAUUAAUAUUAAUUUAAAAAUUAAAAUAAAUUUAGAAAAUUGAGUGUGAUUUUGUUUUGUUCAAAAAGCAAAGAAAAAAAAAACAAAUUGUAACGAUUUCUAAAAUCAAAUUAGGUUUAUUAAUAAAAAAGUGUAAAAAUAUAAAGAACCAUAUAAAUUAGUUUCAAAAACGCCAGAAAGGUGCAAAAAACAAUUUUGUUAUAUAUUACAUACAUACAUACAUAUGUAUGUAAUUUAUGAGAGAAGUAAUUACGUACGUACAAUUUACGCUAUCGCAGGAAUGAUUGGGAACGAUCGGAUUCUAGUGAGCUGACAAAGAUAGCACAACCAUCUUAAAUCUAAUAUUUAAGUUUCACGUUUUAUAGCAGAUCGUGCAUAUAAUUUUGUAAAUUGUAAAAAUGAAACAAGAAAUUAGUAACCUAAAAUCUAUAAUGUUAAAGUUGGAGAAGGACUUAUCCAAAGUCUGUAUGACUACAAAAAUGCUGUAGAAGCAACUCAAUAUGAAAUAAUAUGGAACAUACAAAGUUUUAAACUUAUGCUACUGUAAACAUAAAGAGAAGUUUCAAAUUUUCUGAAAAUAAAAUGCAAUCAUUUAUAAACAUUUUUGUGUUUUAUUUUAUUUUGUCAAAAACAUUAUUUUUCGUUUUGUUUCUCUUAGGUUCUCAAUUUUAAAAUCGCCCGCUACGCGCAAAUGGAAACUUACGAGUAAAAGGGUGUGGGCAUAAUACUACAAUAUUAGGUCUGUUGAUGUAAAAAUUAGCCAGUAACUUAAUUUGCAAGAAUUCGCACUCAAAGAGAAAAAUGUCGAAAAAGUACAUGAACGCAAAACCAGCAACAAUUUGCAAGUUUUACGAACAGCUGAUUAAAUUCUGGGCGGGAAAAAUUAUUAUAAAUUAAAGCAAAAAAUUAAAAAUUUCUUCAAUUGAGCUACCUUGUAUUAAAUUUAAAAAAUAUAAAGCGAUAAAAAUGCAAAAUAAAGAGCUUAGCAUUACAUGAUUUUGUCCACUUGUCCAUUUGUUUCAUUUACUCCUCGUUAUCAGCUGAUUAACAUUCCAUUAGCAAUGGUAUUGUUGUGGCUAACACAGCUCUCUUCAUGUGUAUGUGUAUAUGUGCAUAUUGCCAAACUAGUUGAUAACCAAGAAGUAAAAGCAUAAACACAAAAGAUACCUUCAAUGCUAACGAUUUGUAUUGCGGAAACUGCAGCGACGGUGACUGGAGGCUGUAGUCAUUGUACAGAUCCAUAAGUAAAAACACCUUCAGCUGGUUGUCAAAAAAUGCCCACAGCUGAGAACACCUGAUUGCGAAACGCGCUUUUAUGUAACAUGGCUAUUACGUAAAUAUAUUAAAAAUAUCUGUUAUUGUAAAUUUUGUAAGUCAAAGAUAUUAUUUUAUAUUUUUUGUCGAUACUCGCUUGUUUUUAAUGUUACCAUAAAAAUUCUAAUUUGGCAAAACCGCCAAUACGUACAAGUGAAACGACCAAGCACUGACACCAUCACACACUUGACUGCCUGUCAAACUCACACCAAGGGUGCCCGCCAACAAUAGGAAGAAGAAGAGUGUUUUUACUUGAAUUUUUGUGCAAUGACUGUCGUUCAGAAGUGCAUACCUCUAUAUCAUUAGCCGAUUCCUAUUUAAUAUAUGACUUCAAAUAAACUUUAUAAAAUUGUUCUAAAAUAAAUUCACUUACAUUCUCUAUUCUAAUCACAACUUUUAUUUAAAGUUAGAACUUGAGUCAGUUCGCUAAUUUGAAUUCGUGUUUAUUUUUACUUUGCGAUCUGCCGUUCUUCUCACUUGCAAAUUCUUACAAAUACAAAUGUAUCCAGUAAAAAGUUGCAACUUCCCCUCAAAAUGAAAUGCCAAGUGAGAGAUCCCCUACUUUGCAAGUGUUUUGGAUUCACGAACACCAACAAUUGUGACAUUAUUUGCUUCAUGAACAGACCUUUGAUAAUUUCAACGCAUAUUUGAGUUCAUUUUUUUCCAGAAAGUUUGUUAGUCGAACACAACUCCUAACCGAGCGAACAAUCAUUUAAUCAUGCGAAAAACUUUAAUCCAGGUUAAAAAUAGUUAAAAUACAUACACCAAUAUUAAGAAGCACGGAAAUGUGCAUAAGAAAAAUAAAGGAAACCUAAUCUAAGACCAUAGAAAUCCACGACGUCAAGAUUUAGGCUAAACGCAAAACAUUAACGUUUAUAAGCAUACUCAAUCACACAUUUCUUCAUUAACAUUUUUUUAUAACGCUUAUUGCCAUUUUUAUAUUCCCGAAAGCGAACUUUCGUGACCCAAAAAGCAAGUAUUAAUGUUUAAAUUGUUAAAGGGCAAAGUGCCACUAAAAAUAUAUUAAAUAUAAAUGCCAAAGACCUCUAACAACAAAUUAAGCAGGGGGAAUCGUUAAACAAAAAUAUGAUCAAUAAAUAAAAACUCAAAAGUUAUGUGUCUGUAACUUUUUCAUUUCCGAUUAAGAAAAAUACUCGUAAUUACUAUAUGAUAUUAAACAGACAGCUAGCGAAUCGAAUAGGGUUUUGUCUGCGUUAAGAUUUUCAUUGUACGCGUACAAUUUGACUACUCAAUAAUUAAUAAAAACAAAAGAUGUACAAAUACUCAAAACUCAAAGAAACAUAACCAAACAAUAAAAUAAUUAUACUUAACAAAGUAAUGGUUAAUGAUGAACACAAAAUCAACUUAUCUUCAACGUUAAAAAGAUUCAUAUUGCAUAGUGAAUAAUAUACAAAAUAUGUAUGUGCAUCUACAUUCUGUAUUAAUGAACGUAAAUUAGCAUACAAAAUAUAUCUACAAACAAUCCCCGUAAGACGAGUAACCGUAGGCAAGGAGAAUAUUUCAUAACAGUGUAAUAAUAAUAAUUAUUAAAGAUGAAUUUUUGAAAUGUACAAGACAAUGCAACCAAUUAAUAAAUAAAGAAAAGUAUUACAAUAAAAUUACUAUAAAACAAAUAUGAAACGAGUGUUUGAAUUCUCAGUGUGU